AUGAAGAAUAAUUUUUCGAGGAGAAAUAAAAUUUAUCCUUCAGACUCCUCAAAAUUCCACCAAAAAAGCUUUUUCAUUCCUUUAUGCUUUGCCAUUAGCACCUCGCUCUUUGGCCUUGCUUAUGGAAUAAUAAUUUGGUACUUUACGAUCGGGCCCGGUCAGCCUAGACCUUGUUUUUCAAUGAACUUAUGCGGCACGUCUUUUACCAAUGUCGGAGGAGAUGACCAAGUAGAGCAGCAUUGCUUGACCGGCUUUUCUUACGCUCAGACGACUUUUGCGGAAUAUGGAAAUCAAACAUUCUUUACAUGCAAUUAUCGACAAACAACUGUAUAA